AUGCCUUUCUUCCUCCCAGGACGGACCACAGCUGUGUCUGGAGGGAGGUGGUGGAGAUCGGAGCAGGGGGGGGGCGUGCAGGGGGGGUGGACCGGAAGAGCCAAACCGCAAACGGUCCGCCUGCAGACCCGCUCGACCGUAAGAACCGUGGCGUGUUUACACAAGCGCCUCCCGCCCGUGGCUAACAUUAGCACACCGAAAGUAGCUGAGCCGGGGAGACGCUUUGGGAUAGGCCCGAACGCAAGGUCACGUCAGGAUUUGUGA